AUUUACGGCCCGACCCGUCUUCUCUCCUACUUUGACGUCGAUAAAUUCUGUUUCCAAAAUGACUGAUAUCCCUAUCCCUCGUCUUGUGUACAAGAUUAUUCCCGAUGCUCCACCUUCACCCUUACCGCAUUCACUCCCACUGAGUGCUCUCGAUGCCAAGGACGGGUUUAUCCAUCUUUCCGACGCCAGCCAGGUUCCAAAAACAGCUGACCUGUUUUUUUCGGAGUACCACAAAGUGUGGCUGCUGCAGCUGGAUACUGAAGUGGUUAGGAAAGAGGGAGGAUACUUUCUGUGGGCAGAGAAUCUCCCGGGGUGUGUCCAUCUGUACGGGAAGGAGAAAGCUACUUGGGAUGGCGCCAGGUUAGGGGAGGGGACUAUCAGAGAUUCGAGAGUGUUUACGAAGCUGGAAGCAGAGACUUGGGCAGAUAGCAUGAAGGAAUCUGGUCUGGGUUGGCUUUUGGAUCAAUGUACGACCAAGCUUUUUUGUCGAGUAUUUGGCCGUCUAAUAAUUGACUCGUAGGAAGUUUUCCCUAUCGGUGCUAUCAUUACGUAUUCUGAAUUGCAUUUCGUCUUGCUCUGCUCAUCCCGAGUGGUUACAAUGAGACCGCCACCCGUUGUGUUGCCUUGUUCCCUUCAACGCUUAAAAGAAGGACAGGACGCACUUGUACCAUCGAACACAAACCAUCCGCACCAUCAAAGGUUGGUCAAGGCGUCAUAAUGACGAAACAAAGGAAGCACUGUAGACGAUGACGCAUACCUUACGGCCGCAAGAGAAGAGAACUAGGGUGAACCGCAGCCAUGCAGCUAGUCGCAAGUCCCACGAGGUUAUAUUCCCUUCAUUGAACGCUAAAGAUAGGAACAAGCCUUACAAAUCUCUUCUGACAAAU